CGACAAGCCGGGCACCGGCUCUCCUGGCGCUCGCCGCCGGGCCCCGCAGCCGGGCACUCGGAGGCCCCCUGGCCCGCACCCAAAGCCACCAGGAGCCAGCCAGCAGCCGCGCGGCAGCCGAGGCCCCCGAAGCCGGCGCCGCUGACGUCAGGCUGACCUCAGACGUGACGCCGCGGCGGGGCGGGAGCCCGGGCGGUGCUGGAGGGCGUUUCCGGAGCACGCGCUGGGCGAGGGCCGCUGACGUCGGGCUCAGGUGCGCGCGCUCGGUCGAGCACGGCCCAGGUGGUGGCCCACAUCUCCAGGUGGCACCCUGCCGCGGGCCGCGGCGAGAAGGUGCGAGUCCACGCUUUCCGAGGGAGCUGUACCCACCUCGGUCCGCUCCCUGCUGGGCCCCGCCGCACCCGAGGGGAUGGAGAGCCGCCUGGGAGGCCCCAGCGCUACCUGCGAUCCCACGCUGGUCGGACCUCGCUAGCUGCUCGAACUACCCGUUUUAUCCACCACCUAGGCCUUGUCUCCUGAGCCCGUGGCGUUGUGGUUCGAAAGAAAUGGAAGAAAAGGAGCGAUGUGACCGAUUCCGUUCGGUCCUCCUGCAUUGAGGCCUGGCUGGCUUUUGCAGAGAGGAAAAUAUAGCAAGAAAAGAGUGAUUUUUGGUUUUGGAGGGGGGUGGGCGGGGAGGGUGGGAAAAGGGAGCAAGGUUUUAGAUUUUACAUGAUUUUUGUCAAAAUCUGCACUUUGACAGUGGUGGCGAAAUACUCUAAUCCAAAAGUUUUUUUUUUAAGAAGAGAUGGAUUGUUUUUCCUUUUGAUUCCAAUCUUUUUUUCCCCGUGACAAAGCAUAAAUCAUGGACGCCAGAAAAUAAGGUGGACCUCAGGAAUCCUGCAAAGUCUGAGAAGGUCACAUUCUUCCUCUGGAGGGAAGGGUGGGGUGUUUUCAGCCCUCUCUGGAACCUCAAACGAAAAACAUGAGUUGCGUGCCAUGGAAAGGAGACAAGGCCAAAUCUGAAUCGCUGGAGCUGCCCCAGGCGGCUCCCGCACAAAUCUACCACGAGAAACAGCGCAGGGAGCUGUGUGCCCUGCACGCCCUCAACAACGUCUUCCAGGACAGCGGUGCGUUCACCCGGGAAACGCUGCAGGAGAUUUUCCAGAGGUUGUCUCCAAACACCAUGGUGACUCCCCACAAGAAGAGCAUGCUGGGAAACGGGAACUAUGACGUGAACGUCAUUAUGGCAGCACUGCAGACCAAAGGCUACGAAGCGGUUUGGUGGGACAAGCGCAGGGACGUCGGAGCCAUCGCUCUCACUCACGUCAUGGGCUUCAUCAUGAACCUGCCCUCCAGCCUGUGCUGGGGCCCGCUGAAGCUGCCUCUCAAACGGCAGCACUGGAUCUGUGUUCGAGAGGUGGGCGGUGCCUACUACAACCUCGACUCCAAACUGAAGGUGCCCGAGUGGAUUGGAGGCGAGAGCGAGCUCAGGAAAUUUCUAAAACACCAUUUGCGAGGCAAGAACUGUGAACUGCUGCUGGUGGUACCCGAAGAGGUGGAGGCCCGCCAGAGCUGGAGGGCAGACCCGUGACAGGUCCACCCAGCCGCCCUCCCCUCCGCCCCAGCCCUCCGCGAUGAGCUGCGGCCUGUACAGUGGGCCUGCCCGCGCCGCUCCCCUGAACAUCUCAGCGGGUCUCCCCUCAGAUCUGACAGUGCAAUAGGCCGGAUGUGUGAAAUGUCACAAGAACCAACCAGCGUUCCUUGUUACUGGAAGGGAAGGUAGGGGCUGUCUGUGUACGGCAAGCGGCAGAAGACCCUUACUUCAUUUGAAGAGAGGAGGGGAAAAGGUGGGUCUUAGCUUAUUUCUCCCUUUCCUCUGAGGACUUGGCGGAGGCUCUGCCAGAGUUCACUGCCGCUCUGGCCUGCCUGGAGAUGCUGCUCCAUCUCCCCUUUCCCGGCAGCCAGCAGGCCUGAAGACGCAGCGCAUGCACAGCCCGUGGGACUGGUUUGAAGGACCCAGGGCGAGAGGGCCUCUCAGGAAACCGUCUUCACAGCCCCAGCAGCAGUGCAGCGAGCCGUCUCCAGCCCUCCACGCCACCCCUCACCCGGUUUUUAAGGAUGGUUUAUGGCCAUCCUUGGAGUUUUAUAAUGAAAAGUUCUCUAUUUCAUAGCGAGUGGUUGAAUCCUGCAACACCGUAGUGUGACAGGGUGAGCUAGACACCUAAGAGGACAUGACCAAAGCCAGGUGGGCGUGGCCGACCUGGCUGCCUCACGCCAGCAUUGCCCCUGCCACUCCAUGACAGUCAUUUAGGAGGCUCUGGGCCACAAGAUAAGCAAAAGGGCAGUUUUCCUAGUGGCAAAAACUGGAAAAAAAAUAAGCCUGCCUUCAACACCGAGUUCCGCUGGUGGAAGCAGAGUUGGAUGAGGAAAGUACCGUGAGGAGGCUAGCUAGAGGCAGAAGUCCUGGGCUCCGAGUCACUGUAGUGACCGGGCUCUCAGUCGGGUGGUCAUGUGCAUCGUGUUACAGGACCUGGGCUUGUCAUCUCUCUGUGAUUUCCUUACAAAUCAACUGAGAACUGGCCGCCCUGUACCUCUUUAAGUAGUUGCAGGCCACUUUCCUCCUGUAACUUCGGGAAACAGGAGGGGGAGUACAUGCCACACACACACUGCGUGUCACCAAAGCGGUUGUCAUUGCCUCGAGGCGGGUGGGCAGGCAGAGGUGACCGGUCGAGCCCUUGCACAUCGACGGUCUCGGCAGGCCCGAGAGCUGUGGACUCCUCCAGCAGCGCAGCCCGCCUGCGGCUUGCAUGUCAGACGUGAGGAGGCCAGCUGGGACAAAGCUGGGGCGUUCUCCCCCCCACUGUGACUGGAGUGCAUGUUUACACCAGCACUUUCUCUGCACACGUAUCUUCAACAAGGCCGUUUUCUAUGCUUAGUGAGAGGCCACCAAGCAGCUACUGUAUUCCACCAUCUAAGCAACUGGCCACAGUCUCUCCUGUACCAUUUUCUACAUCAGACCUGCUUGGCACCACAGAGAGCUCUUUACCUUACCCCUGCACAAUGACAUUCCAGCCACCACCAGCCAGAAGUUACAGCCAAGCUUGCUGACUGUCACAACCAGGACCUUGGCUCCACCGGUACCGUCAGGGACAGAUAGUAAGCCAUUUCCUGGAAAGGGGGGAGCACCUCCCAUCUGCUUGGACCUGUGAAAAUGGCACUUCAAAGGAGUCCCCGUGUCCUUGGAGUCCAUAAGCCAAUGGGAUAUGCAAAGACACUUAAACAUUUCAGGGCUGGUUUCUCUGUUCAUAUCCAAUUCUGGUGCUUAGAAACAGGGACCCGUGCUGAUGCCCAAGGGCAAAGAGUCCCAUUUCCUUUGAAGAAGGGGGCAGGCCUGACCCUGAUGCCCAGUAAGGGGCAAUCCUAGGCUUUUUGUUUUUCUUGCUUUUAUUCCCCACCCUUUUUUGUUGGCCUUGUGCUGGGUUUGUUUACAAAAGAUGUAUUUUGUUUAACCAAAUAUUAAAAUGGAAACUCUGUACAUAA